CAUUAUUUACGAAAUAAGCUAAGUUCUUAAUCUUAAUUGYCAAAAAUUUAGGCAUUAGUCAAACAAAACACGCUUAUUAUUGUAAACGAAUUUGGCUAAUCUCGUUUUUGAAGAUGAAAACAUUUACCAUACGUGUCGUUUUUUCUAUAUUCCAAGGAAAUCAAUAAUAAGAAAUUUUUUCUUUGUUAAAGAAAAUAAGAACAUUAGAAAAGCAGUGUGCCCUUGGCAAUCCUGAUGAAAACUUUGAAUUGUCUUCAGAACUCGGGUCGUUGUCCUCUUUAAUAUCUUAUUCAACGCGUAAACCAGAAGGUCAUGAACAUAGUGAAGAUAGCAGAAGUGAGGAAAAUGGUGAAUUUCACUUUUUGCCGGAGCCCUGGAAAGCAUACGGCUGAAAAGAAAUUGAUGGAAACAAAAAUUGAGAAUCACUUCAUCGAUGUCGGAACGAUAAGCAAAGGUGGUAUUUUCGGACUUGGUGAGACAAUGAAAUAUCGUAUUAUAAUGGCCGAAACUAGGGUUCAGUGUUUAGUUAUACCGAGAUAUUGGUUAUUUAAAGAUGAACAAAAUCCAGCUAAUAUGUGGCAAAGAAAAAAGAUUCAAUUAGAUUUUACAUUACCAUCCAGAGAAGCUCUUUUCAGUUUGUUCCAAAAUUCACGCUAAUGGCAGAAUGUUAAAAAAGGAAUUGUAUCUUCAUUUAGAACGUCUGAAACGAAACUACAAAAUAUUCCAAUAAUGGGCCGUAUUAUGUCGAGCGACCAAUAAAAUUAAACCAUGAUUUUAUACUAAUAAAUACAAAUCGUUUUAUAUAAGAUGUAAUAAUCCGAUUUCAUUCACCGAUACAUAUAACCUGGACAAAUUUAAACAUCUUAUAAAAACUGUGAUAAGU